AAAGAAAUGGAAGGCCAAUCUAAUUAUGGAUUAAAAGAUAUAAAAAAUUUAAGAAGAAGAGUUUAUGAUGCUUUAAAUGUCAUGAUUUCAGUUGGAAUAGUAAUUAAAGAAAAGAAAAUGAUGAGAAAAAAUCAAGAAAACUAAGUAAGCUUUACAAAAUAAAAUUUAAUAACUAGAAAGGUAUAUUUAAUUAUUUAAUUUAACAGCAAAAAAUAAAAGAAUUAUUAUUAUAAAAAAAAUAAUAACUAACACAUUCUAUAAAAAAGUAGUAGGCACUUUAGAAUUUGAUUUAGUGUAACAAAGUUAGAGAAAUAAAUGAACAAGAAAAAAUCAAGUUUCCAUUUCUUUUAGUCAAGACUUAAUUAACAAACUCAGAAGAUGUACAUAAUAAAAUAAUUUUAGGAAGAAUUAAUAUUAGAGUCUCAUAAAUCUAUGGAUUAUUUGAAAAUUUAAAGUAAGAAUGAAUUAUAGAUUUUUGGAAUUCUGAGCAUUGCUUAAUAAUUGUUUCAAAAUUAAUAAUCUUAAAAUUGA